AUGCUGUCGUCACGCGUCCAUCAGUUUAGCCGUAUAUGUUGCGUUGGCGCCAGAUGUGUUGCGGCAGCUUCUCGUGCUGGUUAUGCAACAACAGAAAGUGAUGCUUUUAGGCUAAAGGAAUUUUCUGAAAAAUAUUUGCAUGGGAGAAAGGUGUCGUUUACUGAAAACCUGGAGUUCAUUUGCCCAGAAAAGGUUCCUGUUUUGCCGAUUUAUCGAGUCACUGAUACAAACGGGGAAAUUAUGGAUUCUUCUCAGGACCCCCAUCUGGAUAAGGAAACAAGCUUAAAAAUUUAUCACACGAUGUCGUUACUGAACGCUAUGGAUAAGAUUCUUUAUGAUUCUCAAAGACAGGGUCGAAUUGCUUUCUACAUGACUAACUUCGGAGAAGAGGGUUGUCAUCUUGGUUCCGCUGCAGCUUUGAAAAACGAUGAUUUGAUUUAUGGACAGUAUCGAGAGGUUGGAGUUCUAAUGUGGAGAGGGUAUGGUUUGGAGCAGAUCGUUAGUCAGUGUUACGGUAACGCUGAUGACUUGGUCAAGGGGAAACAAAUGCCAAUGCAUUAUGGAUCUCCUGAGUCUCAUUUCGUCACGAUCUCCUCGCCACUAGCCACACAGAUACCGCAGGCAGUAGGAUCUGCAUACGCAUUCAAGAGGGCGAAUAAUGGGAAAAUUGUUAUGUGUUAUCUGGGAGAUGGUUCAGCUUCUGAAGGAGACGCUCAUGCAGCAUUCAAUAAUGCUGCCACUCUUCGUUGUCCAGUCAUUUUCUUCGUUCGUAACAACGGAUACGCAAUUAGUACGCCAACCAAUGAACAAUAUGGUGGUGAUGGUGUUGCUGGUAAAGGUGCUGGGUAUGGCUUAUACACGAUAAGGGUUGAUGGAAACGACGUUUUGGCGUGCUACAACGCCGUGAAAGCUGCCCGUGAACUGGCUGUUCAGAAUAAACCUUGUCUUAUUGAAGCGAUGACAUAUCGUGUUGGGCAUCAUUCAACAUCAGAUGAUUCCACUGCUUAUCGUUCGUCUGAGGAAGUUAAGGCUUGGGACGUUCAUGAAAACCCAAUAAAGAGGUUCCAAACAUAUUUAAAAAAAAAUGGUUGGUGGGACGAGGAAGCAGAAUCAAAUCGUUUAAAAGAAGAGAAGAAACACAUCUUGAAGGUAUUUUUGAACGGCGAAAAGACAAAGUUCCUUCAUCCUGCUGAACUGUUCGAGGAUGUAUACGAUGUAUGGUUUUUUCUUAUCAAAACAAAACCUUCAUGCUGUUCGUAG